UUUUGAUCAUCGGCUCAUUUCUAUGGGCGUAUGGUCACCGUGCCAGCCAGCGCAUGGCUGACUAUUUGCAGCGACGUAGGUGGCCCGGAUGUCGACGAGGGGCGUAUAAUUUGCCAUGCACCGACAUUGCCGAGUGCUCUUCGGCAUCUGUCAGCGAAGGAAGCUCCGAGCAACAUGGCAUCCACAGCGCAGCUCGGCUUAACGCAGGCACUAUCACUUCGCAAUCGCCCCUCGGAACAAUGUUGUCAACUCUGCGUCGCUCGCCAUUCGCCUUCAAAAAUGGGGGCUGGGACCAUCGGAACCCAAGAAAAGACGCGAGCGCGGUGGCCAAGCGAGCAGUCCGCACAUUUCUCUCGACAGCUUCGUGUCCAGCACCCCGAGGAAGGCUUCACGAGCAGGAGGUUCCACCCGCAGAGUUGGCCGCCAAGAGCAGGUCUCCCUUGCUGCAUCCAGGAUCUCGACGUUACUUCGCACUCUCACUAAAUACACGGACGGCAUCCACUCGUCCAUUCCGUGGUCAUCUGGAUUAGAACGCAGUGAGCCCACCCUCGCACACGUCACAACUCGGCUGUUCCUGCCUUGUAGCGUGAAGUUGCCCGUUCACGCUGCGCAACACCAUGUCGUAUGAGCAAGUGCCCUGUCCUUGCAACCAACUGGAAAGCCACGACGACCAGUGGACGCCGUCUUCGCCGUGUAACAUUGAAGACUGCGACUACAGCAGCCCCAGGGUAUUCAACAUGAAGCGGCACAGGUACAACUUCCACGCCUGCUUGAAACACCCUCUCCCGGGCAGGCCAGCGAGAAAACCGAAGGAUUGCUGUGGCGAGUCGUUCUUGACGCUUCACCGGUACACUCGUCACCGCGAAAUCGAGCAUGGCGACGGACACCUGUGCCGACUAUGUGGACGCCUCUUCCCCAGGCAGUCGCACCUCGAGCGGCACAUGCUCGUCCACACCCGAGAGAAGACAUACGGGUGUGGUCUAUGCGGCUACGCCACGCCGUCGUCGUCGAACCUUGAGCGCCACGUGGGCACGGCAAAGUGUCGUCGGGACGCCCGGCGGAUCGCCGCGGGUCUCGCCGAGCGACCCCAGCCGGAAGGCCUGGUGGCAAUCAUACCGGACGUCGCGACCAUGCUUGCCGUGCGUGGUCUGCUGGAGCUAGGCCGCGGCGUAAGGAUCUUUGGGCGGGGCCGUUGCGCCCGUCAGCGGGCACAAGGUGUGAAAAAAAGGAAGGUGUAGAGCGUUCUUCUGAAACCCGGUGCACGUGCUUCGUGACAAGUUGUCCCGUUGUUGCUCUUCGAUCAGGGCUGCCAUUACGGACCACGUAUUCGGCUUCGACAAACAAAAAAUGCUCUUCGGUAAAUCAAGCAUUGGUUAAAUGUCCAGACUGGCUUCAGGACAACAUUAAUUUGGGCUAAAUGGUGCAUACAUGAAUUACGAAGGAACAGCGCCAACUAAGAGGAGCACGAGAGGGAGAACGACACAGGACUGUCCUCACUGUCCUGUGUAGUUCUCACUCUCGUGAACGUCUUAGUUGGCGCUGGUUCCUUCCUAAUUCAAGCCCAGAACCCAAAAUAGCACCCCCACCUCCACCCCCCGCCUAUUUUGGGUGAUAGGGCAAUGUUUGAUUUACCAAUGCGAGAGCGGUUAAACUACAAGUUUUGCUUCUGGUCAGACACGCGCUCAAUCAAUGCAGCUGCUUACGUCGCAUAACGACGGCGUCCUGCACCAGCACAACGGAGUCUUUGCUCGUCCAUCCCUUACGAAAAUAGUUCCCUUACGAAAAACGUCGUAUUACAUGACAUUUCAACACUCACUGAACCAGCAUAACCAGACUUCAAUGACAUUUCUGUUGUGCAUUGAGCCAUCAUUUUUUUCCGCUGACGACGUCAUAUUGACUUCUCGUAUCUUUUACGUAAGGUUAGUAUGUGGUUUUGACAAGUAAAACCCCAUAAUUGAUUAUGAGGCAUGCCGCUUUCUAUUCCUAGUCGGUCAACAAAUUCGGUCGACAUUUUACACACGAUGCAGUAAAACCUCGCAGCAUCGUUUGUUUCCAGAAUCUAGCGGCUGUAAUCAAAGCUAUUGAAAUAACCAGACCACCUAGAGACACAUUCAUCAGUUAAUCUGGCGUUUCAUUUAGAAAUCAGCCUUCUUAACCAGGCACCCAAACCAAUUGGAUUUAUGAUGUACAAGUUUAAGCGCCUCAAAAACCUUCGAGUCAUAAAACUGAGUGAGGUACACAAAAAUAUCACUAUCACUACAAAAUAUUGAUUUACGAAGGGAAGAACUGUGUACCUGUAAAAAAAAUGUUAGUCUAGACGGUGAAAGGAAAGUGACCAAUUGAAGAUACAACAAACUAUAUAAAUACCAAAGUUUUGUUCUUUCUACUGGGCACAAGUUUCAGUGGCCACAUUUGUCUGUACACUCGUAAUCUCUGUAUCCGAAGAGAAUUGUCGUCGUAAUAAAUAGGGGCCGCCUCUUAUUCAACGGAACGAGAAAGGUUUGUGUAAUCGAGGACAGUGGAAAUCUGUAAACUGACCAAGUUGACAAAUGCAUCAUCACAAAUUAUUCCUCCCCACAAGCGAGCGAGUGCCUCAUGCGAUGAGCCCAUAGACGUUUAAUUUUCCAGCAGACGUUAGCAACCGACAAGUUGGCCUGUUCUGAGAGCUAGUCAUAUGUUCUACGUACAACACUACAGGCACUGCUUAAAAUACGAAGGAUCGUUUCUUGCUAACCCAAUGGAUCGAUAUUAUAUGGCGGUCGUGCAAGAACAUGGUCAGCAAUGUGUCACGUGGGUGGAAAAUGAAAUCAAUAUUUUCAACAAGACGGCAACCAUUUUCGUUCACCUAGAAUGCGUAAACCCAGAUUUGCACGAGUAAGCUUUGUUACUGAAACAGUGGUGGAUUGAAACCCAACAAACCACUAUAGUAUCCUACAUCUUAAUCUAUAAUCGCCAUUUCAUUCCAGUAUCUGCGUUAUACUGCAUUCGUGUAGUGUACGUACAAACGAUGCCUCACUUACAUCGAAUGCGCAUGUUUCGUGGCAAAUCUAGUUUCAGGACUGCUCCGGACAUUGACAAAUUUCGCCACGUUGCCAAAUUCACCGCCUUGCCAGUUCUGGCGGGCUCACAGGGUCGCUAAGACCUGAUUGGCUAGAAACGCAACUGUGAUAACAUUUAACAAGCAGCAGCAGACUCUGCGAGCUCUCAGCUGCACUCUGGAAUAAAUGUUUACAUAAAUGUUUACAUAAAUGUUUAAAUGAAUAACCACAAAUCUUCAAAACUCAUCCACCGCAAGGCCCGGUGAGAGUGCGUGCCUGCAUCAGAUGAUCAUGGUCCAACUUUCGUUUUUUUUUCUUGGCACCAACAGCCUUUUCAAUUCAUGCUCGCCAGCAUUCUUUAGGGUGUCCUAUUUAUAGCGCGUGAGAGUUAAGCAAUCUGCUCAUGCUGUUGCGAGCACCUGCACCGGGUUUCUCUAGACGCUCUCUUCCUGACACUUCAUUCCUUUGUCCGCCUUCGUUACGCGCAACGGCCUGUGUUCGAUCUCCGUGAGCAUGUGCCCCGUGAGUCUGCGCAUAUUUUUACACGAUGCUGGCUUGGCCCUCAUAUACUUCAGUUAUUUGGUCAUUCAUCAUUUCAUUGUCACGUCUAUUUUUUUUUCACUCGCCCUCUUUUCAUUCCUUGUGAUCAGUGGCGUAGCCAGAAAUUU